UCCCCUUCGCCUCAAUAGCGGCGGAGUGAAGUCCACUGGAUUUAUUUAGCUACAUCCUAAUUGGUUAAGAACGUGUUCUCUGUCCUCAACUUGUAACAUGCUGAUGGUGGAAAUGCGUCGACUCUACUUAAUGCAACCUCACUGAAAACCGAGAUUUUACUAACUAGUGAGUGUAGAAGAGACCACACAAGCUGUCUUAAAUUGGUUGACAUUAUACCUCUGCUACGAGUUCAUUCUACUCAGCUGCUCCUGUUGUUUCAUCUGCAUGGACACUGAAAUGGCACGGCUGAGAGUAUUCAUCAUUCUGCUGUCUCUGCUGGCAGGGUGUCAGAGGACUAGAGCAGCUGAGAUUCCAGUCAUUUCAGUUACCGCAACAAUUGGAGAGUCUGUCAUCUUGCCAUGUUCUAUCGGGCAUGGCAAACCAAUGGACCUCAGUGGAACCCGGAUCUACUGGCAGGGGAGUAACAAGGCACGUGAAAGCGAGCCCAAAGUGGCUUAUGUGUACAACAAGGGAGCUGUGGAGAUAAACCGACAAAACAGGCUCUAUCGAAACAGGACAAGCCUCUUCAUGGACGAAUUACCUUUUGGAAACUUUUCCCUCAAGCUUACCACUGUGAUAGCUGAGGACUACCAAACUGAGGUGGAUGUUCUCUUUCAAAAGAAUUUUGAAUUGGGAUUUGAGAUGAUUUGCCGCAUAGCCCUGAAUGUUACAGCAAGGUGGCAGAAACCACAGGUAACGAUCUCCUGCAUAGAGGGGGCGGGACUGGCAAAGGUGCUGUGCGGGAGUCAGGGGGGCUUCCCUGAAGGCACUGUCAGCUGGAGCAUCCAGAACCACACUCUCCACCCACACGAAAUUAAAACCACCCAUAAUGGCACCUCAGUGCAAAGCAGUCUGUGGGUCAACAUCUCCAAAGGUCAAAUGGUGACUUGCACGGUCCUGAACCCCACACUCCAAGAGACUGUUAACACUUCUGUCACCGCCAAGGAAUGUGAGUAUCCUGGCAAGGAUAAUGGGCACCCAGGUAGCCCUGGUGGGGUUGGCUCUGUGGCUGUGGUCGCUGCUGUGUGUGGCGUCGUUGCGGUAGCAGCACUCCUUCUCAUCAACAAAACAAAACGAUCCUGCACUUGUUGUCAGAAUCAAUCACCAGGGAUUUGAUCAAAGGAACAGACACUAUAUCAGGAAUCUGACACUGGCAACAUCUCCUCCAGUACAUGGCAAAAUGGAAUACCUUGAAAUAGAGUGCCUCUUUCAGUGAACAGGAAAUGGAACAAUGUGCCAGACCCUGAACUGGCAAACCUGCAGGACCUACAAGAAAUAAACACCAGCGCUUCCUCUGAAUCCUGUUUCAGAAGAUGUGCCAUUUGUUUUCAUCUUUCUCUGAUUUCUUGAUUGAAGGACCCAUUGGACAAACAUACCUGUAGUGACGUCACCUUAAGCACUGUGUGGAGUGCUCCUAUUUACUGCACUGGAGGAGAAGACCAUAGAAUACACAGACUCACCUCUAUGAAGGAAAAUGUCUUUAUCAUGAAUAUGAAUAAUCAGCUAUUCAUAAACUGAACUUUUUUGAAAGUGGGAUCUGUGAGUGCGUCAGCAGUCAGCCCUACUAGGGGUGAACUUGUUUUCCUCUCAGACGUCUUUGAACCUGAAACUGGGGAAGCACAGCACAUUCCCUCAAACUGACACACCCCUCUGUCUGUCUGUACAGGGAAACUUUGGGAAAAGGUCAAAGGCUGACAAACACGGAUGGUACCUUUUUUUUGCUGCUUUUACUCAAUGAAAAUUGUUAUCCACAUCCCCUAAUGAGUUUUGCAAAGCUUUGAUUGAAAGGACUUGAUUAAGUUACUGAUUUAUUUAGUGUAGUAGAGUAGAGUGUGGGCGAAUUGGUUGGACAGUUCUCUUAGUUCCACGGAGAGCAGUGCAUGUAUCGCAUGGGGAAUUUCUUUCUUGUAUGGCAGGAAGAUGCAGGAAGCAGAAACACAUGCUCUCUGGCUCUGUCCUAUUUGUACAUUGGUCUGUCUCACUGUAAUACUAAAGUUUGGUCUGCACAGCAGAGGAGGAACCACCACUUUGCCUCUGAACAAGUGUCUGGCUCUGUGGUGUAUCUGCACUCUGAAGAUAAGGAACAGGUGCACAUUUCCUUCUUCGUGGCCAGGUCCUGAGUCAAAGCUGUCCUAUCUGCUGCUCAGCUUGCCAAGCUAAUAUAGUCAGAAAUCAUCUUUCUACAUGAGGUGGUCCUGUAGACAGAUUCUUGACACGGUUGCCGUCUGAUUCAUGUUACAACGUGUUUGCGGGCCCACUGGUGGCAGAGAUUCAAGAAUGCACUGAUAUGAAAAAGAGCAGAUAUGCGGAUACAGCUAGCAAUCCAGCUGAUGACAUCACGGAGGGGAAAAUUUUGUUGGGGACACCAAACAAACACCCACCAGUGUUUCAGAGGUGGACCACACUGAUCUGAGGUGGACAACUGUUUGUGCUCACGUUGCAAUUACCUCCGAUAUGCACGCCCCAAACCUGGAUCGAUUCAUCGUCUGGGGAGUGGUGGUUGGAACCAUACAUAGAUCAUUGUGCAGGGUAGAGGAGCCUAACGCCAACCUUCCCUACACCAGUCACCUCGAGGGGUCAGUCAUAUAGCUUCCCUGAAGAGGUGGAAGCACUGGCAGCAGACCAUAAGCUGGCUGCAUAAGCAGGUAUUUGAGCUUCUUCUUUCCUGACAGAACUCCUGAUCUCAUUAGAGUGGGCGGCAAACUUUGGUGGUUCAAGGACUCAGUGCCAGACGUCCCUCCAGACACGCCGCCUGUCUAAUUCGACUCGGCCUGUGUCAUUCUCAUGGUUGGCGCUCCCCUCUGAGUUAAAGCAGGGGAAAUGAAACCAGCCAUCUGUAUCUUUGGAUGUUAUUGACGCUUUUUCGAAAGGAACUCCCAGUGUCCCAGAAACAUGAAUGUAUUCCCUGUUCUCUUAUCAUGUGAAACAAAGCUGUUGCUUUCUGUGUCGUCUGCUUCUCAUUGAGAAAUGAAAGAAACAAGAUACUGUGCUAAAUUCCCCAAAAACCUGAAGAGAUGUUUCCGUAGUGGAAAAGGCAUAUUAGUGACAAAAUGCUUUUAUAAUGGCUUUUUGGGGGAGGAUUCAGUUUUUUUUUUGUUUUUGCAGGAAAUGG